AUGCCGGAAAAACGAGAAUUAAAUGAGAGGAAAAUUAAACCGGCUGAGAGGGAAGAGGGACUGGUGAAAAUAAAUGAGCUUUGCCAUUUUGGUGGAGUGGGAGAGCACAGAAGUAAUGCAAUGAAGAAGCACAAACAUACGCCGCUGCUCAAUCCUUCUUUUUUUCUUGAUCCGCUUUCUUCGUUAUUCCCAAAAGUUUAUGGUUCAUUGGAAGAAGGAAAACCACUGGAUAAAUAG